AUGGCCUGGUUCUUCAGGCCGUUAGCAGCUGUGUGCACAGAGCUGCCAGUCUGCUUGCAGUGGUCCGAAGUGGAGCUCUUAGCCUGCCUUCUCAUGGCCUGCGCUCCUGCUGUCUUCCCUGGGCGUUUCGGGUGUGAGAGGAGAGGAAGCCAAGCGCUUUAUGUCUGGUUUAGAGUUUUUCAGACCAGCAGUAACAUUCCUGGAGUCUUCCCAAAGAUAAAUGACAGCGAGGGUCACCCAAGCAGCAGCCACCAAACCUUGAAAGGAACCUCAAAAUGGGCUACAUCACUGGAGAACCUCCUCGAAGAUCCAGAAGGAGUGAAAAGAUUUAGGGAAUUUUUAAAGAAAGAAUUUAGUGAAGAAAAUGUUUUGUUCUGGCUAGCAUGUGAAGAAUUUAAGAAAACACAGGGUAAAAAGCAGAUGCAAGAAAAAGCUAAAGAAAUUUACAUGACUUUCCUGUCCAGUAAAGCUUCCUCCCAAGUCAAUGUUGAAGGGCAGUCCCGUUUAAAUGAGACCAUUUUGGAGACCCCCCACCCUCUCAUGUUUCAGAAGCUCCAGGACCAGAUAUUCAAUCUCAUGAAGUAUGACAGCUACAGCCGCUUCUUAAAGUCAGACGUAUUCCUAAACCAUAAGAAGUCUGAGGAGCAAGAGGAGAAUUCACCAGAGGCUCAGACUGCAGCUAAAAGAGCAUCAAGAAUUUACAACACAUGA